GUGAAAACGACCAGUCAAACCAUAACAAACCCGUAGAGACACGUCAUUGAUUUGUCUCUCGUAGUCGUAGACUCAUAAAAUUUCGAACAUUCAAAACCUAAAUAAUUGGAUAGGAUUUGAGUGGACCGUAUCGAAAAUUCGUGAUAUUUAUAUAUGAUUAGAAUGCUAUGUUUCAGGUAGCAUAAAUGGUUUUAAACUAAAGGUUCUGUUUACUGUUUUUGCAUAAAAAUGUCAAGGUCAGCGUCCAGUUUAAGGAAGUUAAUACAUCAAAUCAGUCAUUUAUUAUUCGCUAAGAACUUUGUUGUGUCACUAAAAUUUAUGCUGCUAUUGAUAUUUACUUGUUGUGAAUUAAACAAUCCCAUAUGGGAUUUUUAAUUUGGCUUAAUGGCCAUCAAAUAUUUCUCUGAAAAUAAAGUGUGGGUGCAUCUUCUGCCUAUGAUUUUCAUCACUGUGAUAGUCAUCAAUGGGCAGCUGCGCUUGGUUGAAUGUGCUCCCUCGUUAAUGAAACAAGAUGAAGCUCACAGUGCCCAAUAUAGAAAAAAUAUCAUAACCAAUUCUGAGCCUGAUGUGGGACUAGGUUCUGCUCCAAAUCAUGAUGAAUAUGUCAUCAAAAACAUUCAAGAGCCUCAACAAAAAUCUUCCAACUCUGAGAGUGGUGCAGCUCUUGAAGGUUCAGAUAACCAUGUCACAAAAUCUGAAAUAGCAUAUAUUAUUCUUCCCAAUGCCCAUGAUGAUCAAAACAGUAACAUCAGUCCCACCAAAGUUAUGGAGAAUAAUUUCAAUGAAGGAAGUGAGUUGGAGAGUGUAUAUGAACUACCAAAAACAUCCUCUCCAGUAAAUGUGGUCACAGAGGCUCUGAAAAAGCUUGGCUUAGAUAUAUCUUCUGCAAAUAUCAAUGAAUAUAUCAAUCAACAUGGACCAAGCGAUACAACUGCAGUUGAGUCAGCUUCUUCUGAACAAAAUAAUGCUGCACAAGAUGACAGCUUCGCAGGAGAAGAUGUGAGGAGCAAAGCAGUUGAGCAAGCUUUGGUUCAUGCUGUAAACAAUGAAAUAUCUAGAACAAACGAACCGACAGAUGUUCUGGCUAUAGCCAGGGAUAAAGAAGAUGCGACUUCUAAUGAAUCUAAUGUGAAAUUUGUGUCCCAGCCUCAAGUCACUGUAGAGCAAGAGUUUGUUGUUGAAGAAAAAAUCUCCACUGCAGGCUCCACCAAUGAGUCUUCUUAUGUUAUUGAUGAGGCUCGUGACCAUGAAGAAUAUAAAGAACAAGAGGUUGGCAGGGAUAAAAAUUACCAGCUACCGGACAACCUACACAAAUAUAUCGCUGGUUUUGAGAGCCUUGAAUCUCUAGAGGCGACUUCGACCUACGACUACGAGACCGUCGAGACUCGACCAGAUGCUGACUACAGUAUUCCUGCUGGUGACACACAAACUGACAGCGAGCAGCGUGAAGUCGAGACGCAUCCUGAGGAGGGUAUCGCUCAAGUGUCCCGCCUGUUGGACGAUGCGGCCCUCACUUCACGCUCGCCGAGGAUGCCAUCCUCGAGUUCCUUCUUCCCGCUGUUCGCAGAAGAUGGUUCAGCAAACUCUGUCCGGUCGGGACAGGACUUUGGUAACAGAAGUUUUAUUGAGACAGAACAGUGGGACGGCGGCACGAUGACGCUAGACACGGCUUCUUUCCCUGCGGUGGAGAUAACAAAAGAUUCAUCUUAUGGCAAAACUAAGCCUAAUGGCCAUGGAAGUUAUGAUCAAGUCCAAAAUCCUAGCGAGGAUAAAGGCUUCGAUGGGAAGCCGAAAAUCAUUGUAGACGAAAAAACGACAUACGUUGCUGGGGCCAAAAGCAGAGAAGAAGAUGAGAGAAAUUUAGAUGGUAGAGAAAUAAACACUUUUCUAGAUGAAGGUGCUAGGCUUACUAAUGCUCAAAUCGAGUCAAGCAUUAUAGAUAAGUUAUCAUUAGGCAAUGCUGUAGAUGACAUUGAACAGCUUGUAGGAAAUCAUAAGAGCAUAAGUGCUACUCCAACCUUUAAAAAUGAUUUGUAUGAAAAUACAUUAAUUAUUUCUGCGGACGGUUCGGAUCCCGCCGUAAUUUCUGGUCGUGACGCAACUGAGGAUGUUUUAGUAGGAAAGCGAAAUACCAAAAAUGAAUAUGAUGUCGUGUACGAAACUCAACACCCAGGUAGUAUCUCUAUUUUAACAACCCCGGUUGAGGAGAAGCUGCAGCUAAGCGAUACCUCUAUACUAAGUGAUAGUCCAGAUUCAGAACCCGGAAUUCGUAUUGGUUCCGACUCUUUCAAAGAUUUCUCCUUUCAUAAAACUGAUUCGCCUGCAGAUGAGGCAGUUGAAAUCAUCGUCAAGAAUGGCAGUGAACAAGUUACUGAAGUUCACGGUCAUGGUGCUGUGAUUGCCGAUGCUAUUCGUGAUGAUGUUACCCAGAAAUUUGGUAAAGAAGGGCAGAUUCAUUUCAACGAAGAUUCAUUAAUUGAUGUUGAGUCUAUUGCGAACGAAAACUUACAAUAUCCCGGUAUUAUAACUGAAUCUACCGUAACUUCUUCUAAUGAGUCAGUCUCCAGUAACGAUCAAAUUAUCGAGGGAAACAUUCAAGUGAAUUCGACAGUUUCAGAGGCUCCUCCCCUCCCGAGCUUCAGAUCAAUGUUUGGAAACAUUUCUGAUGAUUUACUAAGGAAUCAAACACACGAGGACAAGGUUCGUUUUAUCAAUACGAAUAUCGAUGAAAUCGAGACUAAAAGUAAUGCUAGCAAAGUGUCGAAUGAAAGUCUCACAAAUUCUGAACAGAAAAACGAAGAAAGCAAUGAAUCUACCGAAGUUCAUGGAUUGUCAAGAAAUGAUAAUGAAGUAGAAAUGAAUGCAAAUGAAUCUAAGAGCUUAACAGAGGACGAAAAGUCUCUGCAAGACGGAGGGACGGUCAUCGAUGCAAGUGAGGAGAGCGAUGUAGAAAAAACCACGGAAGGAAAACCGAAAGACUCCAUUGAAACUUACAGCCAGUUUGCUGAGAGAGUUGCUAUGGAACAGAUGAACGAUGCAGGGAAUGGGCAGAGCGGCAGCGCUACUGGUGCAGGUGGCAGCGCCGUCUCUCCUAAGGUGCCGCGCGUCAACCCCGGCAAGAAGUACAGCAAGAAUUACGCGGCGCCGGACUGCGGCAGCAAACUGCUUGCUGCUAACCCUGAGGCCCAGCACGCCGGCAGUGUGAUCAAAAGGGAUCGAGAUGAAUACCUCCUGAAUGACUGCAAGAGCAAAACUUGGUUCAUUGUUGAGCUCUGCGAGAGCAUCCGACCGAGCAGGUUCGAGAUAGCAAACUUUGAGCUGUUCAGCAACCUGCCGAAGGACGUGGUAGUUUAUGGCAGUCAGCGCUACCCUUCCCGUGACUGGACGCUGCUAGGGGAGUACGUGGCCGAGCCCUCCAACCGCGGGGUCCAGGCCUUCCCAGUCACAACUGAACCCUUCUUCAAGUACAUCAAGGUGGAAAUUUUAUCGCACUACGGCACAGAAUAUUAUUGUCCCAUAUCGCUGUUUGAAGUCUACGGCGUUUCCGAGUUUGAGGUGAUCGAUUCUUUGGAGGACGGCAGCGAGGAACUCGAAGAGGAGCAUGUCGAACAGACACCACCUAAGAAAGAAGAAAAUAAAGAGCACAGCAUGCUGCCUACGGUGCUGCGAUCGAUGCUAUACAACGUGCUAGGAGCGCUCAACAAAGCUCCUUUCUUCAGCAUCGCGAGUAAGAGCAACCAGACCCCAACUGUAGACGAGUGCACCUCCCUGGACCCACGCUACAAAAUAGAUGAGAAAAAGUGCAGCCUGGCGCCUACCAUCAACUGGCACCUCGGCUGCUACGAUACUGAGUAUAGGUACCUCCUUAAAAUGUCUCUCAUAAGCAGCACUGUUCAGAGCCGCGAGUUCUGCAAGUCGCUGGUGGAUAAUUUGUGUACUGAGAAAGGCAACGAGGAAAUGAAGGAAGACGAGAUCAGGGAAGGCAAACAUCUGUUGAGCGGAAAUCAAGUUGAUUUAAACUAUGCAUGCAGCAAGGAAGCAUGUGGCAAUCACUAUGUCUGUGUGAUGCUUUGCUCCCAUCAUCUCUUGGCGAUGUGCCAUAUAAAACACUUCAAUCUUGCCACUUCUGCGGCUACAACAAAUUCUUCCGUCCCAUGUGAAAGCGCUAAUGUACCCAACAAUAGAUCUGUGAACGGUAAAACUACAGAUAUUCCGGGCUUGAUUUCGUCCAAUUUUGAAAUCAAAGAUUCCGUUAUUGAUAAGACAAACGGUAAAAAUAAUUCGAGGGCUAAAGAUCUCAAGGACAGCAAGAAUAAAAGUCACCAACAUUGCUCCAAGACGAAUACGAACCAAAGUAGUGAUGUUAAAGAAGAAUCUGUUUAUACAGAAACUCUCAAUGAGGCUAACGUGAGCAGUGAUAGUAAUGUGACAUUUGAUGGAGAAGCUGUCGAGGAAGCAGAAAUUGGUUUCAUUUCUGAUGAUAAGAAUAAAAAGUCAUCUGGGAAGAAAGAAAAGAAAGUGGAAGGUUCCAGCUCUGAUAAAAAGCAAACAAAAAGCGAAUCAAAACGUGAUUCAUCUGUGGAUUCUAAGCACAAUGGCAAUGGGCAUCGCAACGGUGACAAUGGGUCGAAAAACGGUAACGGAUCUCCAUUACCAACAGUGGAGCAAGAUCCUCCUACUGUUAUAAAAGACGGAAACGGAGGUAACGUGGCCGCUGCUCCCGUCAACAAAGAAUCCGUCGUGGUUCGACUGUCGAAUAAAAUUAAGGUGCUGGAGCACAACCUAUCCAUCAACUCGCAGUACCUGGAGGAACUGAGUCAGCGCUACAAGCAACAGAUGGAGGAGAUGCAGAUGCAGUUCAGCGCUGCCGUGGCUGCUCUGAACGCAACUCGGCCACCGCUGCCUCAGCACGACAGCCAACACGAGCUGGUGCAGCAGCAGAUGUCCGAGCUGCAACUGCAGAUGCAGCAGCUCGCUCAGAUGGUGUCUCAGCUUGCCAUCGAGCAGGAAACUUUCUCUUCAAGCGUCGUCCAACAACAUCUUUUCCUGAUGUUCGUUGAGGUAACAUUACUACUCAUCACAUUCAUCAUCUGCAUGCGACGUCAGCGGCGACAAAUGAGUGACCAUUUGCUCGUCAGAUCUCCCAGUGAACUGCCUUUCAGCUCUCAUGAGGCGCUGCAUUUCAGGCCAGACUCGCCUCGCUCAUGCCAGCAGCAGACACCAAGUUUGAAUCAGAAGCACGAUCAUUUCUUGGCGCUGCAAUGGGCUAAGAAGGACGAGGUGGAAGCUGCUCGUGUCUUGUCUAUAGGCUCCUUUGAGAAGAAAUCUAUGGCGUUAGCUAAGAAGGCUUUGACGAACACCAUUCAAAGGAGUGGUUCAGUCGACGAUAGAAGUAAACGUAGGAGGAAGAGAGACCGACGCGCUAGCAUGCAUAAUCUCAACGUGGCUGGUCCCUUUCGAGACUUGCUGCGGGAUGAAUCCUGUGCUCCUUCAGCUAAACGAAAAAAGAAGAAUAAAGCAAAAUCUACACACGAUCCUUCAUGUCAUAAAAUCGAAGCGUCACUAUCGAAUGAUGUAGGUUCAAUUGUGAAAGGAACUACGGAAGUUAGUUAUUCAACAGAAAAACAAGUUUCAGACGAUAAAAUGUUAAUGAACUCUCAGGAGUCGUGGACGUCAAAAGUUGAAGGGCAAAGUUCAUCGCCUUUGAAGACUUCAUGUUUUGACUGGAUUUGUGAGAGCAACAAAUGCGGCUCGAGUAAGGCACUAAACCUUCCGGGCGAAAACUCUUUUACAAAUUUAUACAUUGCAGUUGAAGAUAGUGCAAUUUUAGCUGAAGCUCUAGAAGUGGCACUCAAGCAGGGUAAGAAAGUCAGCAAAGAAACUCUCACUCGCUUAUUACUUGCUAAAAUGAGCAAUGAGAAACGGAUUAAACUUGCAAAGGAAACCAGGCGAGAAGCUAACAGAAGAAAAAGCCUAAACAAAUCUAGUGCCGGCGUACUUUUCUCUUGCGAAACUCACCUAGACAAGAAAACAGGCUGCAAUAGACCGUCUGAGGCGCCUAGUGUAGGCACGGAUGACUGCAGCGUUCAACAUUUGAAGACAAAUCACCGCGGAGAUUCCAAGAAAAGCUAUAACGACAGUUGUAAUGCAACAGUUUUACCUCGUCCAGCUAAUUCAUGCCAUCCAGGCAUAGGCAUUGAUAAUCAUUUGAUGAGAAUCAGUGAAUGCUCCGAUUCGUCAGCAAUGCUUAACGCCAGCUUCGAUGCUGAACUGUUGAGCGAUUCUUCAGAGUCACCGCUUCACGCGGCUGUCUCCAGGAGGCUUUCAUCUACGGACUCUUCACUCGCCACUCUUAGCUCUGUGACUGAAACGAUUCGUGAUGCUGAUCUUGAGGCCUUUUCGACUGCUUUAUCAGAAAUGCAUCCAGUUAAAAAUGAUGUUUUGCAUCCACCUCAGAAAUUAAACGCUGGGGAAUGUCUCGUCAAUCCAAGCAACGCGGCAGCUAUGAAUGGACAACGCAAGGCAAUGUCCAUCACUAAUGGAGAUGGUCGGCAUCGCCAUAAUAGCCAAGUCAACGGGUUCACAGAUCAUGAUUUACCAGCAGCGUCCGUUAAUAUGAACGCUCAUCAGCCAGCCGCAUCAAAAGAGAGAAAAUUAAGUAGAGAUAAAGCUCAAAUCGAAACCCAGAACUCGAAGAAAAAUCUAGCACACAAACGAACUGGUAGUGAUGGAAAUAUAUUUUGUAAAAAGAAAUCGCACUCAUCAGCACAGCACACAAAAACUACAAGUUUCAGUGCAAGUGAUAGAAAGAAAAACAGGAAACUGAAACGCAACUCAGGCUAUGGCAGCGUAGACGACAGCAUCUCAUGGCAGAAAGAGAGUUUAUUUACCAGUCACGAUACGCCCAAGAUGGGAAGUUGCGGCCACUUGGCCUGCAAUGUGUGGGGAGGAGAAGAUGCCUUUAGCUCCUCACGACGCGGGGAUGACUGCAAGAGCUCCAUACGAGCGGGCGACGUACGCCACAGGAUCGUGCAGCAGGAAGAGGAAGGCGAGCGGUGACCGACAACCUGCGACGGCGGCCGCUGUGCGCUGUGUGCGCGUCUUCGUUGCGUCAUCGCGACUACGGCCGUUGCUUUUCUCUUCUACUGCCUCGUUUAAACGGCUCAUAUUUUUGCCCCUUCGGUUGAUCUUGAGAUACAUUCGAGUUGUCCUUGGUAGCGGCGUUCUUUUAUUUCUUCUUUAUUUCCUCUCGUCUGUCACGUCACUCGAGUUAUCCUCUCGCGGGUGUCAUUUCUGGAUGGCUAUCUUGUUUCAUUUAGUCAUUUUUUUAGUUACUCGUCACUUGUGUUCCGACAACUACUAUCUUCAUCAUUAGCGACUAUUAUGGCAACGACCUGCCCAUACUUCUCAAUUUGUGAUUCGUAUUUUGCUCGGAAACCUUCAAUUUUUUUCCAAUCCGCCUCCAAUCAGGGCGCAAUUUAUACUUACGUAGAGAGUGUCAUUUCUCGAUUAUUUUCGUUGCCCAAAUUAUUCAGGAUACGCUUCUUGUGCGAAGUUUUCGCAAGUCUUUCUUUACUCGUCAUUAACUCUAAUUACACUUCCGGAAUUGUCGAAAGCACGCUUCUAAACCUCGAUUUAGUUUAAAGUUUUUCAUGUCCAGAGUCAAUUUUCUAUCAAUAUAAAACAGAUUUUGGGCGCGAGAUUUUGUCGUGAGAUUUUAAGUCUAAAGAUUAGGUUGGUUAUGCUCGCUGAUGAAUUGGCAUCAUUAAGAGCAUUUAUCAGUCUACGAGAGUAAGUCUUUCUGAAACCAGUUAUCUUGAGCGAGGUUACGUGCCUGAUGCAACAUGACCUUAUUUGGACCAAACUCUACUUCAUUCGUGGGCUCUUCCACCUACUCGCACGUUUCGCUCUACUCCAUUCAUUUGUAGUUCAUGCGAAGUUCAUGCUCACCUUCCCUCAAUGGAAUGUUGUUCGAGGAUGAAACGACCUGCAUUAUAUCACGUCUAUUAUCUUCUUUGUAUUGCAAGUAGCCGUACACAGCUUAAUUUCUGGUGAUUGCCCAGCUGCUACCUCGCGAUUUUCAAGGUGCGAUGCGACUAUUAUUUCACUGUUAAGCUUCACCUCCAGUUUAUUGGACGCAUGACUUGAAAUGUUUCUGAAGGUUUUUCUUCUUGUAACUAUGUGAUAGUGUAUGUAGAGAUUAUUUAUCACUAUAUCUUAUUUUCAAGUAUCAUGGUGCUAUGACGUCAGAGGGCUUUCCACUCUUCGUAAAUUAUGAGAUAUGUAAGAUAUAGACAAGAACGUUGUUGUAUUAUUAAGGAAGGCACUCCGUAUGAUGGAAAUCUCAACGAGUGAAGCAAGU